GACCCUGAAAACGUUUUUUAGGCUUUUCUAGAAUCCGGCGUGGAGUAGGGGUAGCCACCGAUGCCUGCUACACCGGCAGCCGGCCCCGGUUGCGCUGGGUUGCCGGCGCAGGCUCCGACGAGCUCACUCCCCGGAUUUGAAGGCCCUCCUAGGCGGCUGGGCGUUCGGAGGCCGGCAUGGGUCGUCCGCACCGAGCCAAACAGGAGCUCCUACAGUGGGGAGGUUGAAUCAUCAGCACAAGGCAGUGCACAGACAGCCUCAAGUACAACAAGAAAGACUGGACCAACUGUACCUGUUAGUGCAACUCCUAUAAGUACCGCCCCACCAUCAGUUCAUACAAGAAGGGCUCACAUAUCUCCUGCAGCAAGUGCUCCAACAACUACUGCAACAAGGGCUACAUCUUCUGCAUCUAGGGUUCCACCAACGGCUCCAUCAAGUGCUACAGCAAGGGCUACAUCUCCUGCAUCUAGGGCUCCACCAAAGGCUCCAUCAAGUGCUACAACAAGGAUUCAUGCAUCUACUACAACUAGGGCUCCAACAUCUCCUGUAGCUAGGGUUCCAUCAUCAACUAGGGCUCCACCUGGAUCUGCUGUGACAAGAUCAACAGCAACAACAACCAUACCUAUCACAAGAUCAAGGGUUGCAGCUACCAGACAGGCUAAAACAACUAGGUCAAGGCCUUUCUCUGCCCCCGGAGCAGCUAAUGAUCUAGGUCCUUCCAAAAGGCUGAUAAAACCAACUAUCAGAAUGAGAGAUUACCUGAUAGCUACUAGUGCUAAGUGGGAAUGAUGUGUUCCAUCAUGGUCUAUGCAUGCAAACUAAAUUAUUUGCUUUGUGAGGGUGCAAACUGAAGUAUUUGCUUUGUA